AUAAAUUGUGAGUUUUACUGAAGGGUGGGUCUCUGGUUUUUCACAUUGGCGGAGAAGAGAAGGGAAGGAAGCAUCAGAUUAAAUCUUCUUCUUCUUCUUCCAAAGAACAGUGUUGCAGUUAGCAAUGGAUCAUCGACAAUGGCGUCCCACUCCUCCACCCAAUAUCUGCCCCACUUGCUCCCUCUCCCACUUCCCCUUCUGCCCCGCUCCGCCUCCCUCACCCUAUCACCAUCCCCACCAAACCCCUCUUUCUUACGCCCCCGCCAACCCUAAUUUCCAGAAUUUCAAGAGACCCCGAAUCCACGACAACAACACCCACCCUGUCAAUUUCUCCGACGACCAGCGCAGGUUACAGCUCAUUCGCGAUCACGGAACCAACCCCUCUCUCCCCCACACUCACGCUCCACACCAAUCACAACACACUCAAAACGCCUUCCAUCCACACGACGCCGUUCCCUCGAACCAUCCUCACAAUGCCCAAUUCAGAUCCUCCCCGCAUCCCUUGCACCCUUAUCCAGACCCCUCGCAACGUUUUCUCGACGUUUCCCCCGCCCCUUACCAUCACUCUCACGCUCCUCACGUUGGCAUGCAGCCACCACCGCCUCAUGUUAAUUUCCCGUCUCACGAAGGGAACCACCACAAUCAACACAGGUUGAAUGGAAGCGUUGGUCAGUAUCCUUACCCGUACCCUGCGGGUAACUACAGCAACGGUUCUUGUGAUAAUAACAUGGAAGCUUCUAGGUUUCUCAGGGGUCACCCUCAGCCUCCUCUUCCUUCUUCGCCGCCGCCACCUCUUCCUAUGGAACCAUCCAUGAAUCAAUUUAAAACGUACUUUUCACCGCCCAAGAAACCGGCUUCUCUUUUUCCCGUUCAGUUGAGCUCAUCCCCUUCGUCGUAUUCGCAAGUUCCCGAACCACAUUCUUUACCUCAACCCUAUCACCCCACAGGUUUUCCUUCCGAGGAACCGUCGAAGCAGUACUUGGGAGAUUCCCAGCCUUUUUCAUUAAACCAGUUUUCUGCUGACAGACCUAAAUUUAUUGAUGCUUCACAUUUAUUUCGGCAUCCUCAUCGGGCUUCGCGACCUGAUCAUUUUGUGAUAAUCUUUCGGGGCCUCCCAGGUAGUGGUAAGAGUUAUCUAGCAAAGAUGCUGCGUGAUCUUGAGGUUGAAAAUGGCGGUGAUGCACCUCGAAUUCAUUCUAUGGACGAUUAUUUUAUGACAGAGGUUGAAAAGGUUGAGGAUAGUGAGGCAUCAAAAUCUUCAAGUUCAGGCAGAAACAAGAAGCCUGUGACAAAGAAGGUCAUGGAGUAUUGUUAUGAACCUGAAAUGGAGGAGGCUUAUCGGUCAAGCAUGUUGAAAGCUUUCAAGAAAACUGUUGAGGAAGGAGUUUUCACCUUAAUUAUUGUGGAUGACCGCAAUCUGCGGGUAGCUGAUUUUGCUCAAUUUUGGGCAACUGCAAAGAGAUCGGGCUAUGAAGUUUAUAUUUUAGAAGCUACGUACAAGGACCCAGUGGGUUGUGCUGCUAGGAAUGUCCAUGGAUUUACUCAGGAAGACAUAGAAAAGAUGUCUAAGCAAUGGGAAGAAGCUCCAUCCUUGUAUCUGCAGCUUGAUGUAAAGUCCUUAUUUCAUGGAGAUGAUCUAAAGGAAAGCAGGAUACAGGAGGUUGACAUGGAUAUGGAAGAUGAUAUGGGAGAUGUAUUACCUCCAGUUCAAGGAAGAGAAGCUGAGAAAGUUGUUGACCCUGCUGUUGGGGAAGAUGCGAGUUUCCUGGAAAAAGCUGGUAAAAAGUGGGAUGCUGAAGGGGAACAUCCAACAGAAGUCAGGGAGUUGGGUAAAAGCAAAUGGUCAGAAGAUUUCAGUGAAGAUGACAUUGGUCAAACGGAAGGUAUGAAGGGCAAUAUUAAUGCUCUGUCUGGGUUAAUUCAUCAAUAUGGCAAGGAACGAAAAUCUGUACAUUGGGGUGAUCAGGGUGGCAAGACAGGAUUUUCAAUAGGGGCUGCCAGGAAGGUAAAUGCUUUGUCUAUAGUGAUCGGACCUGGUGCUGGAUACAACCUGAAAUCUAAUCCAUUACCCGAAGAAGAUAGUCCAAGCCGUAAUAGUGUGGAAUCAAAAAAGCAUAGUAUAUUUCAAGAACGAAUCCGGGCAGAACGAGAAUCCUUCAAAGCUGUCUUUGAUAGGAGACGACACAGGAUUGGCGGACUUGACGUGGAGGAAGACUAAAAAAGAGAGCGACAGCAAUGCAAAAUGCUUUCAAAAAGUGUGCACUGGAUAAAUUAGUUCCAGGAUUUGAACCCGUCACAAGACAGACAGUUCUUACUUUCCUGAUGUAAUCAAAACAGACGGGUUAAUCUCAUACUUUCAAUUGUUAGAGUAGUUUAAGUGACAGAACAGAGGAGAAUUUUUGUGAAAUGAUGUAAAUUUUAUCCAAGGAUAAUAUAUAUAUAUACACCGGAUGUAUUAAGCUCA